AUGAUACCAGUCCAUCAGACCACCGCACCAGACAAUCAGAUCAGAGAUCAAGCUACAGCAGCCUCGUACACAACAGAACAUCGUCAGACCCGACGAUCAAAUCAGACCAUCAGAACAGACCACCACCGUCAAACCAGACCACCAGAUCAGAUCAACCCGCCAGACCACAGACCACCAUCCUCCAGACAGAACAGGAUACCCAACCCCUUGAAAUGGUACAGGUCAGGUGCAUUCUUUAUGGGUUGGGACAAGGGGGGUAUAUAGAGCUCUGGAUGAACCUUGCAAAGCAUACUUUCCACACACUUUCGGCCUGAAGUUUCCGGACUUUUUUUCGGCUUAAUCUAACUUUAGUUACUUUAGAUAGUGGGGUUCCCAGGGCUGGUAAGGGCCUCCCCUUCCCUUUUUCAUUAGAUGGGUUCCUUUGCAGGUGUUCAUUCAGCAAUAAGAGUUCGGCUUUUAGGAAUAGGUUCGGCUUUUUGGAUUCGGCUUCGAUUCUAGGAAACGGUUCGGCUGCAUCUUUUUACGCCUUUUCAGAUGGACGUCACCACCGCUGCUUUUCUCGUCGUCGUCGUCGACUUCACUACGAUCUCCCGCUUAGUUGCGCCAAUUUAAAUUUAUCUAUCACACUUCACUUGACAGUCUGUGCGCUGCGGCAAGUGAAGCUUUCAUUCGCAAGGUUCAACCAGAUAGUGAUUAUUCUAAGACAUAACUUAGUAAACUAGAGGCUUCGGAUCAUUAAGCUACAGUGAGAGUACCUCAUUUGGUCACUGCUUACAAGCUUAGUGGUCUCUCUGGUUACAGGUAAAUAGUUAGAAUAGCCUCGCAAAUUUGGGUCUGCUCCUACCAAUUUGGCUUUAAUUAAUUUUGAUGUUAAAAAGUACAAGUGUGAAAUGGAAUUUUUUUAUCCGCAAUUUCAGACCUCGAACUUGUGAUGGUAGAUCAGUUAACAGGUUUAGUCUUACAACAAAGGUAAUCUGGAACCAGGCGUUUCUUCCCGCGAAGAGUUAACACCUUGUUGCAGGUUACAAGGGCAACAUGGGGCAAUCCACACACCACAGGCUAGAUCGUUUACAAAUCGUAAGCGUAGGUAGUCUUCGAGACCAAUCAACGACGGUGUUUCAUCGUUCGAGGAACAAGAAGAUGCCGACAAGCUAACUUAAGUUUAUUAGCCCGCGAAGUAAUCACGAGAAUGUAUCGAAUUUGGACCGAAUAUUUCGGGGACACACAUGUGAAGGCCCACCAUACCUUAAUAUGUGUGCCCCUGAAUUGCAUUCAAGUGAAAACCUCGCUGGUUAUAGAUAGUAUUUCCCGAUCAGUAUAAGUAGCAGGAGAGGAUACUUUGGCUUGGCAUUGUUGACACUAAGACGAUCUGAUUUGUCUUCCUGUUAAUUUUGCUUGGCUGGAGGGUUUUCUUCUUAGGAAGUCCUGCAUUGCACUGUGCAGGCACAGAUCGUCUACAAAUGGUAGGCGUACGUAGUCUUCACGUCGACCGUUCGUGGCUAUAAUGGCUUCUUCGUCCUCCAGACGUCGUCAGCAUUGUUCUACCUCCAACAGCUCUUGAAGUAUGUCACGACUGGGACCAAAUCCUAUACAGCACAUGUUUCUUCAACUUUUUUUCUGAAUCUUGUAACAAAAUGUUGGAAAUAUGAAUAAAAUUUAUUUUAUUAUAUUGUUUCAUAUUGUAUUGUGGGUCACGUGUAGCAUCAAGAAGAAGAGGCCGGCCGAAGAAAGGAGAACAAAGAACUUCGAGAGCCUUAGAAAGAUAGUCCAGUAGCCCUGUUAAUUAAGUAGGCCAGGUACCUUCCUUUGCAGCCAUGAACGGAGAAGAAAGAAUCACGUCGGACCAAACUGGACAAUAACGAUGAUGACGAUGCCAAUGGGUGAUGUUGAUCGUUUACACUAAGAAGUCAUUCUGCUUUUAUGGAAAUAGAAGCCGAUGACAUCUUAGUGUGAACGACUUCAUCAUUAGGAAGGCCAGGUUAAGCCAGAUGAGACAGCAUAGAGUAAUAUAAUAACAUUUAAGAGCUGUCUCGACUAACGUUGUUAUUUCCAUAAUUAAGACCCUACAUUUCCACUCUCCUUCCUUGUGGAAACGAAUUUAAAAAAUUUUUGAAACAAAUCAAACAAGCUGCCCUUGAAAUUUAGAAUUGGAAAAAGCAAUUCCAAAAACUGCUCCGAGCAGAAGUUAAAUUUCGUCGUAUUUCGGAUCCUGUGUUGGGUAAUUAUUGUUCUUGUCGCGUAGUACAAUUUUAGCUGAGACAGCAAAUAUAUGUAAUAAUUUUAAUUUUAAUUGGCCGGCCGGACUUCAUCUUUGGAGCAACUCCAAGUGAUCAUCAUCAUCAUCAUCAUCAACAACAACAACAACAACUUCAUGGACUAUACCUAUCUAUGUCUUGGUCUAUUGGAUUUUUGGUCCCAGUAUCCUUGGUCCUUUGUUGGAGGAACAUGACGACAGAGUACAGCAGCCCAUAUAAGGUAGGGCUGAUUGAUGUUGGUACAAAGUUUGCACAAAGCAGACCCCUUUGGUCUGCAAUAGCGUACGGUAAAUUGAAUUUCCGCGGCACCAUUAUUCUUCUAGAAAAGUUCAUAGCUAAUGCAAACCUUGCACUACAUCAAUCAGCCCAAGCAAUAAUUCAGUGUGGCACCAGGUAUGUGGAUUUUUUUUCUUUGUUAGGCGAUUAGUUUUUCGGUUCGGUCCAUUCGGCUUUUUUCCGAUCUUCGAUUCGACUUGCGAUCUGUUUCCGGAUUUGACUUCGAAAAAUGUGAAGGCUUGGUAUCGACGAUGUUUCGAUAGCAAGCUGCCAAAUAUCCCUGCGUACCGUCCGGGGGACCCUGGUGUGUUUCAUUCGAGGUGUCAAGAUUUAUGGACACAUGUUACACUCCUCGGUCUAACGAUCCCGGACGCCAAAUUCUUGUAGGAGCGCACCCCAUAUACUACUUAAUCAUUUCUGUAAACGGCUAAUUCAAUUCAAUAAAAACACAUUAUCUAAUUUAAUGCGUUGUCUGUGUGUGAUUUUUUUAAAUAUUAAGUUAUAGAGUAAUUAGUUAAAAGCACUAAUGAUGAUUUGAUUUGCAGGUAUCUUACAAAAUACUUGUUGUAAUAAGAUCAAUGAAAAUAAAACAUAAUAAAAAACAAAGUUGUGAUUGUGGUGUCCUUUACACAGUUACGCGCGCGCACUAACAUUGUGUCACAACAGUGUGUUCUACAGCAAACACACAAAUAACUAACUUUUUUAUUUCAGGUAGUAGUACAUCGAAAAUCAUUCUUUUUCAGUUUUUUGGCCUCUACCUCCAUUUUUUUCUUGAGCGGAUGAAAACACAUCUUUUUUGGGGGCGCGCCCUUUCAAGAUCGCACAAGCUUUUUUUCCCUGCCCUUGGAUUACUUUUUUUGGAUGCGUUCUUGAAGAAACGCAUGGCACCACCAACGAGGAAGUCGAAAGGAAGUGCGAAAUGCAGUAUAGAAAUUUGUAAUUGAUUUGUACGUAAUUUGAAGCUGGUGAAAAAUAAAGUUUAAAAACAAAAGAGCAAUUCAUCAGCUUCUUUUUUCCUUUCCUUCCUUUAAGCAAUUUAAAUAAGUUAGAUUUUUGUUGUAACUUGGUUGCUUUACUGCAAUAAACAAUAAAUGUUUGACCAACACAAUGUCGCUUCAUAAGUGUAUUUUUUUUUUCUGUUAAAGCGAUAAUAAGUAAUUUAACAAGUUUUAUUACAGGAAAUUCGGCCAUCUUCUUUUUAAACGUUUUCUUCGCUGGAACAUCGCUGCCUCGAAGACGUCGUUUUGGGCGCGCCCUCUCAAGACCGAGCACGCCAAACUGAUUGUUUGACGUAUGGUCUCAAGAAGCUCGUUUUGGAAGUACUUCUGGCUGCGUUCCUGAAGAAACGCAUGGCGACAUUAGUUACGACUGAAAAAAGACUCCAAGUUCUAAAGGUAACACAGAUAUUUUUUCUUUUUUCAGUUGUUUUAACUGUUGGAUGAUCUUUUUUGUUUCAGAUUAAGUGCGUCGGUGAAGUGAGCUUUUUUUCAGCGCCUAAGAGGUAAGGAAAAUGAAACUGACCAUGAGAACACUAAAUCUGAUUCUGCUGAUAGACGCACUUAACUUCAGAUGAUGUUAAAACUCAUUCAUUCAGGCUUUAGUGGGAUUCAAACCCACGAUAUUUGUUUAGUUACUGGUAGUCAUAAUCUACCAAAGAGUGCAAUUUUCAAGACGUACAAAAAAGGAUCUGUUUGAUGAUACCUGACAGAUAUUGAUUGGAUGUCAGUAGUUAGUUCCAAGGCCUUUUAAAGGAAAUGAUGUCUGCAACCGGUUUUCCAACUGCACCACAAAACCAGUGAAUUGUUAUUACUUACUCUGUUUUUCAAGAAGUGUUUCAUUUAGGUCAGAGAAGUCUAGCCGUGUUAUGGCAGCCCUGAACUCCCAUCAACAGCGAUCUGCAGUCGGUAAGAACCAGUAUAUACGAAAGUCUUCGUUUUCAAGAAGAUAAACAUUAUUUUCCAAGGAGUGCGUUGUUUCGUUCAAGGAAAGAGUUUUAAAGUCAUUUGUGCCCGUCCGAACUGACAAUCGUAAAUUUACAGCUUAACUGGUUUCUGUUCCAGUGGGAUUCCAACCCGUGAACAUUGCUUCGUUAGUAAGCAAUCUAAUAUGAAAUAUAACUGGUAUUCAAACGCCAGGACAUCUAAACCACGUCCCCAUGGCGAGGGCUGAAAAAAGCUGUAUAUAUUGAAGUUGAGUUUCAACUGUCACAACACAACGUUAUCUUUGAUAAUCUGUUUUAAAAGCUUUUCAUUUAGGUCUGCAAUUCCAGUGCUUAACUCCGACGGUCCUUACAUAACAUUAACCGGCCUGGUGACGUAUAGGUAUGAACACAUGACCCUUCCUACAAGAUCCAAGGUAUGUAUCCUAAAGGUUAAAAAUCUUUACCCAAAAUAUUCUAAAACGACCGAAAAAGCUUUUGAUCAGUAUUUUAAGCCAUAACCUUGAUUACAAUGAUCAUCCUACUCACGUCUCUGAAGAUUACUGUCGUUUUACGUUUUAAUGGAAUUCAAAUCCACUGGGCCCUUUCUAAAAGUUGCACAUAAGGACGCCUUUUUGGGAUAAAAAUCUGUAGCCUUUGUUUAACCGUUCGUGGUGGCGAGCAUAAUUCAUCCAAAUGCAGUUUCCUUAAAUAUGAAGUUUCCUCUUCGGUUUACAAAUGUAUUGCAUAUUAGAACGUAUCCUUUCCUUCAAUGGACUCCUAAUCCAGGAAGGUUGCUGGAUUUACGAGGUGUUAGUGGGAUUCAAACCCACGGCUACUACGAGGAGCACAAAAUAUAAUAGAUUUUCAUUUUUUCAAAGCUAAAUUUCUUGUUCUUGAGAUGUAUUUUAUUUAGAUCCUAAAAGACUCCAGACGUCACAUCCUGUCUGGCCUGCAGAUCAUGAAGUCCUAGCCGGCAGUGACUUGUGAACGAUAUGAGGGAACCUGCUUAACUCAACCUGCUUAACUCGGCAGAGGUAAGUAUAAGAAUAGAAAAAUAUCUAAUACUCAACUUUCACUGAAAAGAUUAGCGAGUACGUGGCUGAAAAGAAAUUAGGCUCGGAUAGAAACUGUGCGCGUAAAAUUCCAACCUUUAUGUACCGAAUCAAAUGAACUAAGUAUGUGCUAAAACUGCAGAAAUCGGAGAGAUAUUUAUUACAAAUGGAAAAGAGUCGCAAUGAUCGUCACCUGAGCCCUUAAUCUUGGUUUGGGUUUUGCAAACCUUUUUCGGAUUUAAGUACUUUUCAAAGAUACAACUGAAUUUGAAAAAUUAACUCUUCCUGUACAAUUUUUCUACGUUUCUCCUUAGCUAUAUACUCUGGUACUUAAUUAAACCAUUUAGUAAUAAUAUCUCUUAUCUUUUUUAAUAUCUUUUCUUCUUUCCAAUUUUCAGUUCUCCGAACAGACUUCCAGGCAGACCUCCAAAUUAGACCAUCAUACCAGACCAUCAAUUCAGCCCCAGAUCAGAACACCAAAUCAAAAUACAUCAUUACAUCGUCAGCCCGACCACCAAAUCAGACCAUUAGAGCAGACCACCACCACCAAUCCAGACCACAGGAUCAGAUCAGGUUACCCCACCAGACCACAGACCACCGUCCUCCAAACAGGACAGCAUACGCAGCCUCUUGAAAUGGUACAGGUCAGGUGCAUUCUUUAUGGGUUGGGUCAAGGGGGGUAUAUAGAGCUCUGGAUGAACCUUGCAAAGCAUACUUUCCACACACUUUCGGCCUGAAGUUUCCCGAAUUUUUUUCGGCUUAACUUAACUGUAGUUAGAUUAGCUAGUGGGUUCCAUGGGCUGGUAAGGGCCUCCCCUUCCCUUUUUCAUAAGAUGGGUUCCUUUGCAGGUGAUCGGUCAGCAAUAAGAGUUCGGCUUUUAGGAAUCGGUUCGGUUGUUUGGAUUCGGCUUCGAUUCAAGGAAACGGUUCGGCUGUAUCUUUUUGCGCCUCUUCAGGUGGACGUCACCACGCCGUCGUCGUCGUCGUCAUCGUCGACUUCACUACGAUCUCCCGCUUAGCUGCGCCAAAUUGAAUUGAUCUAUCACACUUCACUUGACAGUCUAUGCGCUACCCAAGUGAAGCUUUCAUUCGCAAGGUUCAACCAGAUAGUGAUUAUUCUAAGACAUAACUUAGUAAACUAGAGGCUUCAGAUCAUUAAGCUACAGUGAGAGUACCUCAUUUGGUCACUGCUUACAAGCUUAGUGGUCUCUCUGGUUACAGGUAGAUAGUUAGAAUAGCCUCGCGAAUUCGGGUCUGCUCCUACCAAUUUGGCUUUAAUUUUGAUGUUAAACAGUAUAAGUGUUAAGUGAACUUUUUGAAGCGCAUUUACAGACCUCGAACUUGUGAUGGUAGAUCAGAUAACAGGUUUAGUCAUACAACAAAGGUAAUCUGCGACCAGGCGUUUCUUCCCGCGAAGAGUUAACACCUUCUUGCAGGUUACAAGGGCAACAUGGGACAAUCCACACACCACAGGCUAGAUCGUUUACAAAUCGUAAGCGUAGGAAGUCUUCGAGACCAAUCUACGACGCAGUUUCAUCGUUGGAGGAACACCAAGAAGACGACAAGCUAACUUUGAGUUUAUUAGCCUGCGAAGUAAUCACGAGAAUGCUAUCGAAUUAGACCGAAUAUUUCGGGGACACACAUGUGGAGACCUACCAUACCUUAAUAUGCGUGCCCCUGAAUUGCAUUCAGGUGAAAACCUCGCUGGUUAUAGAUAGUAUUUCCCGAUCAGUAUAAGUAGCAGGAGAGGAUACUUUGGCUUGGCAUUGUUGACACUAAGACAAUUAGAUUUGUCUUCCUGUUAAUUUUGCCUGGCUGGAGGGUUUUCUUCUUAGGAAGUCCUGCAUUGCACUAUGUAGGCACAGAUCGUCUACAAAUGGUAGGCGUACGUAGUCUUCACGUCGACCGUUCGUCGCUAUUGGUUUUUCUGGUACUCCAGACGUUGUCAGCUUGUUCUACCUCUAACAGCUCUUGAAGUACGUCACGACUGGGACCAAAUCCUAUCCAGCACAUGUUUCUUCAACUUUUUUUCUGAAUCUUGUAACAAAAUGUUGGAAAUAUGAAUAAAAUUCAUUUUAUUAUAUUGUUUCAUAUUGUAUUGUGGGUCACGUGUAACAUCAAGAAGAAGAGGCCGGCCGAAGAAAGAAGAACAAAGAACUUCGAGAGCCUCAGAAAGAUAGUCCAGUAGUCCAGUUAAUUAAGUAGGUCAGGUACCUUCCUUUGCAGCCAUGAAUGGAGAAGAAGAAUCACGUCGGACCAAACCGGACAAUAACGAUGAUGACGAUGCCAAUGGGUGAUGUUGAUCGUUUACACUAAGACGUCAUUCUGCUUUUAUGGAACUAGAAGCCGAUGACAUCUUAGUGUAAACAACUUCAUCAUUAGGAAGGCAAGGUUAAGCCAGAGGAGACAGUAUAGAGUAAUAUUUUUUAAGAGCUGUCUUGAUUAACGUUGAGAUCUCCAUAAUUAAGACCCUACAUUUCCUCUCUCCUUCCUCGUGGAAACGAAUUUGAAAAAUUUUGAAACGAAUCAAACAAGUUUUUCUGGAAAUUUGAAAAUGGGAAAGGCAAUUCUAAAACUGCUGCGCGCAGAAGUUAAAUUUCAUCGUAUCUCGGAUCCCAUAUUCAACAAUUGUUGUUCUUGUCGCAUAGUACAAUGUUAGUUGAGACAGCAAAUAUAUUAAAUAAUUUUAAUUUUAAGUGGCCGGCCGGACUUCAUCUUUGGAGCAACUCCAAUUGAUCAUCAUCAACAACAAAAACAACUUACAACAACAACAACAACAACUUCAUGGACUAUACCUAUCUACGUCUUGGUCUUUUGGCUUGUUGGUCCCAGUAUCCUUGGUCCUUUGUUGGAGGAACAUGACGACAGAGUACAGCAGCCCAUAUAAGGUAGGGCUGAUUGAUGUUGGUACAUAGUUUGCACAAAGCAGACCCGUUUGGUCUGCAAUAGCGUACGGGAGAUUGAAUUUCGCGGCAACGGUUAUUCUUCUAUAAAAGUUCGAAGCUAAUGCAAACCUUGCACCACAUCAAUCAGCCCAAGUAAUAAUUCAGUGAAGCACGAGGUAUGUGGAUUUUUUUUUCUUUGUUAGGCUAUUAGAUUUUCGGUUCGGUCCAUUUGGCUUUUUUCCGGUCUUCGAUUCGACUUGCGAUCUGAUUUCGGAUUCGACUUCGAAAAAUGUGAAGGCUUGGUAUCGACGAUGUUUCGAUAGCAAGCCGCCAAAUAUCCCUGCGUACCGUCCGGGGGACCCUGGUGUGUUUCAUUCGAGGUGUCAAGGUUUAUGGACACAUGUCACACUCCUCGGUCUAGUGAACCCGGACGCCAAAUUCUAUUAGGAGCGCACCCCAUCUAUAUUUCACUGAAUUUCUGUAAACGGCUAACUCAAUUCAAUAAAAAUACCUAACCUAAUGCGUUGUCUGUGUGAUUUUUUCUUUUAGUUUAAGAUUUAGUUUAUAGCUAAGGUUUAGUUUUAAAGUAAUUACUAUAAGUACUAAUGACGAUUUGAUUUGCAGGUAUCUUAGAAAAAUACUUGUUGUAAUGGCCUUGAUAAAAAUAAAACAAACAAAAAAACGCUGAGUUUUCAGUCUGAUGUCUUUUAACACCACCGCGCGCAUUGACGUUAAGUGUCGUAUCAGUGUGUUCUACUGUAAACACACAAAUAACCAGUUCUUCAUUUCAGGUACUAGCACGUCGAACAUCAUAUAUUUUUCCGUUUUUUGACUCGACCUCUACUUUUUUUCUUGACCGUUAAUGGAUCCUUUCUUGGGGGCGCGCCCUCCCAAGAUUGUACAUGGCUUUUGUUUUUCCACCCUUGUACCACUUCAGUUCUGGAUGCGUUCUUGAAGAAACGCAUGGCGCUUACAACUUGGAAGUCGAAAGUGAAGUGUUGAAUGCAUAACAGAAACUUUUAUAUUAGGGUUACUGUAAUUGAAAGCUGAUGAAAAAUAAAGUUUACCAAACAACAGAAAAACUCAUCAGCUUGUUUUUCUCCUUUUACUUAAUCUAAAUAAGUUUUAUUUGUUGUAACAGAGUUACUUUUCCGCAUAAUGAACAAUAAAGGUUGAUCAAGACGAAACCUCUUCAACAGUGUAUUUCCUCUUUAAAGCUAUAGUAAUCUAAGUAAUUUAACAAGUUUAUUUCAGGAACAUCGGACGCGAUCUUUUUUAAACCUUUUUUUCGCUCGAACACAUGAUCGCCGCCACGAAGACGUCGUUUUGGGCGCGCCCUCUCAAGACCGAGCACGUCAAACUGAUUGUUUGACGUAUGCUCUCAAGAAGCUCGUUCUGGAAGUACUUCUGGCUGCGUUCCUGAAGAAACGCAUGAAGACACCGAUUACGACUGAAAAAACGACUCCAAGUUCUAAAGGUAACGCAGAUAUUUGUUUUUUCUUUUAGUUGUUUUAACUGUGAAAUGAUCUUUUUGUGUUUCAGCUCUCGUGCGUUAACUAAAUGUUUGCCAGCACCUUAGAGGAAAGGACGAAGGAAACGGGCCGUGAAGUACACUAAAUCUGAUUUUUCUGGUACAUGCACUUUUCCUUAGAUAAUACUAAGAUUUAUUCAUACAGGCUUUAGUGGGAUUCAAACCCACGAUCUUUGUUUUAGUUACUGGUACUCCUAGUCUACCAAAGAGUGCAGUUUCCAAGACGUUGGAUUUAAAAAAUCCCGGCACUGUCUUGAGUUUGUUUUAUGAUAGCUGACAGAUAGAAAAUGAUUGGGUGCCAUCAGCAGUCAAUUUCAAGGCUUUUUUUUUUAAAGGAAAUGGAGUUUGCAAUUUGUUACCAACCGCUCUACAGAGACAGUUUUUUGACAUUACUUUAAUUUUGAAGAAGCAUUUCAUUUAGGUCAGAGAAGUCUAACCGAGUUAUGGCAGUUCCAAACUCUUAUCAGCAACCUGUAACCUGUAAGUACCCGAAUAUUAUAGUAAAGUCUUCGCCUUCAAAAGGAUAAACAUUCUAAACUAGGUUUGCGUAGUUUCGUUGAACUCCUGCUGCACCAAAAGUCGUACAUUUAUAGGUAAACUGCCUUAUCUGUUCCACUGGGAUUCCAACCCGUCAGUGAACAUUGCUUCAUUAGCAAGCAAAUCGAUAUGAAAUAUAACUGGUAUUCAAACGCCAGGAAGUCUCCAGCUCGUCCCCUGGGCGAAGGAAUCUGGAGAAAGUUGUAGAGUUUGAAGUUUACGUUCAACUGUCAUGGUUCAACGUUACCUUUGAUAAUCUGUUUUAAGAAGCUUUUCAUUCAGGUCUGUGCAAUUCCAGAAGUUGUCUCCAACACACAGUCACUAAUUAAAAGCCACUUAACCGGCCCAGUUUCUGAUGACAGCGAGCAGUACAAGACGGAAGCCUCAGAAGUUUCUUUACUGCUGAUACAUGGUGAUAUGAACAAACCUGCCUGGCAGGCCAAAGGUAAGUACUGAAACGAAAUUACGAAUACAUUAAAAAAAAUGUGAGCAGGAAUAAACUGUUAACAAGAAAAGCGCAUGUUUGUCGAAGUUUUAGAACUACGUACCGGUCCAGUAGGUAGCUCCGCCUUUGUUUUGUUAAACCUUUUACUGAAUUUCCUUGUAUUCGUGUUUCCUUUUUGUAGGAAAAUGUAGGAACUAGCUGGUGAGGCAACGUCAUGAGUAGAGGGCUGGACUUUCACCUGUUGCAUUGAUCAUGAUGAUUAAUUAUCUUGAUGAUGGUCGAUGAAUCUGAUCUUCGAUUCUUCAGCAGGUGAAACGUGCACUGAAACUUAACUAGAAGAAAUGUGUAUCACAGACUCUUAUGAGGUAUCGUAUAUACGCAUUGUGUACCUGGAGUGAAGUGCGCAGGUCGGAGAGACGUGUUCGCCCGCCAUGGGGAAUAGAGUUGUGUUCUGCUAAAUGCUUUGGUUUAUUGCUUUGUGUUACAAUAUUUUGGCGACGAGGAUGGCCGAGCUCGGGGUAGGGUGGCCUGUUAAAUGAUAAGUAAGGGAGGGUGGAGAGAAAUAGAGUAUAAAUUUGUCCAGCUCAAGACCUAUAAUUACAAUACAACAGCAAAGACAAAGUGAAUUGAGUUUUCCCGGCAGUUCGGAUGGUCUUGGCGUUCUUCUCCGAGGAUUUUCAAAAGGCCAGUAGGGAUAAAACUGAAAAUAAUGACAUGCAGAUGAAGCACACGAUGGUCUCAUUUGAAGCACAAAAGAAAAAAAUGGCGAAGAAGGAAAUAAAUCAAGAAAAAUGGAACAAAAAUGAACUUAAAAUAAGAAAUAAAUAUAAAAGGAAAGAAAAUAAAUAUAAACAUAGUAAAAUACUUAAUAAGCUAUCAUAAAUAAUAAAUUGAAAAUAAAGUCAAAUAAAUAAUACAAGAAUAAGAAAACCAAUAGUAAUGAUUACGAUAAUGAUAAUAAUAAGAGAAAAGGAAAUAAUUGCAUUAAAAGAGACUUCAUCGAUUUUUGAAAACGAAACUGCAAGGAUUCUAAGGCAGUCACGUUUCAAAAAUCAACAGAAAUAUCUUUUUAAUUUUAAAGUCUUUUUAGAUACACCUUUAAUGCUUUUCCUUUUCUUUUACCGUCAUUAUAAUCAUUACUAUUACUAUUAUCAACUAUUGUUAUUAUUAUUAUUAAUAUUAUUAUUAUUAUCAUUUUUAAGUUCCCUUUUGUUACAUUCUUCAGAUUUUUUUACCUUCUUUGUCGUUAUUCUUUUGUGCAUAAGUCAUUAUUUUUAAGUUUUGUCUCUAUUAAUAAGUUUCAAACUGUUCUAUUAAAUUUUCAACCGAGUCGAUUUCCAACUAUAAAUUAUAGGGACGGCCUGACCAUUUGGAUUAUCUGGAAACGCCAGUCCUUUUUGUCUUUGCUUGUUUCGGCUUGAUUAGUUAAUUACAUGCUUCAAUCCAAUGUAGGAACAAGUAAGAGAAAACUUAACUUUGAUAACAAGUUCAAUGAUAAGCUGAAUGAAGGAACAAAUCAGGGAAAACUUAGCUUGAUAAUAAGUUCAGUAUAACGUGUGGUCUUGCUUUCUUGAGAGAGAUAUAGGAACAGUGAGCCUUGACAAGCUGGGCAACCUGUGAAGAGGCUAGACGUAGAUGACUGACACCUGUUGCAUGGAUAAUGAUGCUGAUGAUGUUAUGACUAUGAUGAUAAUGACGAUGACGCUGACCAUGAUGUUGACGAUUAUGCUGACAAUGAUGACGACGACAUUGAUGCUGACAGUGAUGAUGAUGCUGAGGAAAAUGCUGACGAUGACGUUGACGAUGACGACGAUUAAUGAUGAUGCAAUGAUAAUAACGAUGAUGAUGCAGAUGAUGAAGAUGACGUCGCUGACGAUGAUGAUGAUGACGAUGAUGCAGAAAAUGAUGAUGAUGACGUUUUUAAGAAAGUUGUUCCUUGAUGAAAAAACUCCAAAACUCAGUAAAUGGCCAUGGCGACGUCAAAAUUGGUGA